AUGAAGGUUUCAACAGAAGUAAAAUUAGGAAAGCACUCACGCUUUGCUCAACAGCAGCUUCCAGCAUGGAGGCCAAUGAUUACACCAGUUAUUGCUAUGAUUUCUUUUGCAAUUAUCGCUAUUUUUGCUUUUGCAGUAGGAAUCGUAUGUUUAAUCGCAAAUAAUAAACUUGUCAGCGUCGAGAAGCGUUAUGAUGAUAUAUGCGAGCUCAACUCAACUUGCAAUGUUACACUCAAUAUUCCGAAGGAAAUGUCAGGAGAUAUUUAUUUGAAGUACAAAUUAACACGUUUUUAUCAGAACCAUAGAAGAUUCAUGGAAUCUCGCAGUGAUAGCCAGUUGAAAGGUGAAUAUGUCGAUUUCAGUGGAAUGUCAAAUGAUUGCUACAAAUCUCGUUCAAUUAAUGAUUCCGAAAAUGCAGAAAACUGGAUUUUACCUUGUGGUUUAUCCGCGCUUUCCGUUUUUAACGAUACUUUUAGAGUUGCUAGUGAUAAUGUUCAAAUGAAAGAAGAUGGCAUCGCAUGGUCAACCGAUCUUAAAUGGCUCUACAAGCCACUCAACUCAUCAUAUAAAACCGGUGAUAAAUGGCUCGAAAAUAAUACACUUUUCCCAGGAGGCCAAACUAACGAGCAUUUCAUUGUUUGGAUGAGAGUUGCUGCUCUUCCAACCUUCUCAAAGUUAUAUUCAUACUGCAAAGACUGUAAAAUCCCUGCUGGAGACGUUACAAUUGAAAUAUUAAAUAAUUACCCGACAUCAUCAUUUAGUGGCACUAAAUCAGUAGUCUUAUCAACAGAGUCAUGGAUUGGACCAAAGAAUAACUUCCUUGGCAUUGCAUAUAUUGUUGUUGGAUGUUUAUGUGUUGUUGCAAUCAUAACUCUAUUCAUUUUGCAUGUUACAAGGCCUAGGAAGCUUGGUGAUCCAAGACUCGUUCUUGAACUUAUUAAUAAGAGAGAAGAAGAAUUUUCUCAACAGACAGAACAGUAA